CGGCCAGGUCCUGGCCCUCCAGCGAGCCCUAACCCGCACAGGCCCGUCCCUCCCGCCCCAGCCUCUCGCCGCUGUCCAAUGGCCGAGGGGCAGGGCAAGCUGAGCAAGCCGUGGCAGCCUCGCCGGGCCCCCGCCCUGUUCCCGGUUCCCGAGCCGGACCCCGGCGGCCUUUAAAUGCCGCCCAGGGCCGGCGCGGUGCGGCUCCUGGCACCUUUCAUCUUCGCGCAGCGACAGCAGCGCCCUGAGGCGGAAAGCAGCUCGACUGGCCAGUCGCCGUCCGGGCAGCGGCGGCCACCUCCGACCUCGGGACCGGCGCCGCCUCUCCCUUCCCUCCCCCACCUCCCGGGCCUGCCUGCCGGGUCGGCGCGGGGGGCCCCCGGCGUACGCGCGCGCGCGUGCCCGCGUGGGUGUGCGCGCCCGAGCCAUCCUCGGACCCGCGCCCCCGCCCGGCGCAGGACCGCCCCGGGAUCCCCGCCCGCGCGCCGCGUCCCACGGCCCCCGCCACCGGCCUCCAGCCGUGCACCCGCCGCACUCUGCAAGAAGAUGGCGGGAUCGGUGGCCGACAGCGAUGCCGUAGUGAAACUAGAUGAUGGACCUUUAAACAACUCCUUGGGCUCUCCAGUUCAAGCCGACGUGUACUUCCCACGACUGAUAGUUCCAUUUUGUGGGCAUAUUAAAGGUGGCAUGAGACCGGGCAAGAAGGUGUUAGUGAUGGGCAUCGUUGACCUCAACCCUGAGAGUUUUGCCAUCAGCUUGACCUGCGGUGACUCAGAAGAUCCUCCAGCUGAUGUGGCAAUUGAACUCAAAGCUGUGUUCACAGACCGGCAGCUACUCAGAAAUUCUUGUAUAUCUGGCGAAAGGGGUGAAGAACAAUCAGCUAUCCCUUACUUUCCAUUCAUCCCAGACCAGCCAUUCAGGGUGGAAAUUCUCUGCGAGCACCCACGUUUCAGAGUGUUUGUGGAUGGACAUCAACUCUUUGAUUUUUACCACCGCGUUCAAACGUUAUCUGCAAUUGACACCAUAAAGAUAAACGGGGACCUCCAGAUCACCAAGCUUGGCUGAUGUUGUUCACACCACCUCCAUUUCCAAUCGGAUCAGGUGCCACAACGAUCUGACUGUUGGUCUGGAAGAAGUGUCUUAACAACAUCUGGAGACUUAAAAAGGAGACAAAAACAAAAGGCAAGCUUCACUGUCUCUUCUUUGCAGUUUAAACCCCAAAUGACAACUUCAACCAAGGUUUGCCCUUAGGAAGCUGUCGGAACAAAGACACCGAGCCAUUAUUCCCAGAACAAAGUAAUACAUUUAUGCUGGAUUUUCUUCAGACUAAACUGAACUGGAUUUGUGAUAAUUUGUGAUUUGGUAGCAAGUUAUUCAUCUUUUCGAAGCAAGGUGAUGUUUAGAAACAAAAAGUGCUAAAGACUUCAAAUAACAACAAUAAAGACGGUACACCGAAAUCAA